AUGUCUCCAACGCGUGAGGAAAUCGCAAAACUCGCCUCAUCCCCCGCCCACGAGGCUCGUCUACUAUGCCGUCACAACCUCGUAGACACAACAUCAGGUCUGGCCGGCGACUACGUGCAAGCAAACCUGGUGAUUCUACCAUCCGCAUACGCAGACGAUUUCCGCAUGCUCUGUGCCCGCAAUCCGGUGCCAUGUCCCAUUCUUGGCGCGACGCCAGUCGGAAACCCUAAAAGGAUCAUACCAGACGCAUGCAUUUCAUCAGACAAGGACGAUUUCGAUAUUCGUACUGAUUUUCCCUGCUACCAUGUCUUUAGCACAAUAGAGAGCGAUGGCAAGAAAAAGGUCAUUAUUGAAAAGAAGACGAAUCUUCUCAAUGACUGGACAGACGACCACAUAGGAUUUCUGAUUGGGUGUUCAUUCUCGUUUGAGCAGGCGCUCAGCCAGCGAGGUCUGCGACUGUGUCAUCAGGAAGACAACAAAGUGGUGGCUAUGUACCAGACAAAAAUUCCGCUACUCCCCGCUGGCAUCUUUCAUGGCAGCGGGUUUGUCGUCAGUAUGCGCACGUUUCAGCCCGAGGAGGUCGAAUUAGUUAGAGACAUAACCAGGCCGUAUCUAGCAGCUCACGGAGAGCCGGUGGCUUGGGGAUGGGAUGGAGCGCAAAGUAUUGGUGUUGAAGAUAUUAACAAGGUGAACUAUGGUGAUGCGCAAACCAUUCGAGAAGGAGAAAUUCCGGUCUUUUGGGGCUGUGGAGUCACACCUCAAUUUGCAGUCGAGAAAGCGCUUGAACGAGAUGCGAUCAAAGGUACAGUAAUGUCGCAUCAGCCGGGGCGUAUGCUGGUCACGGAUUGGAAGAUUGUUGAUUUUUUAAAGUACACUCAAGAGCAACUGGGGUUGAGUAGGUGA